UGUGCAAAGCCUGUGGGGUUUGAGAGCAGACGGUCGUGUUUUCACUGGCCGUGACUACCCUGUUGGAUUUGAAGAUUGGUCCAGCAAGUGUAGAGAUUUGUUGGGAUGGAUACCUGACGCAGAAACCGAAACGAAGCACGGUGGUUUGUUGAUGACGUCUCUGAUCCACCAAGCGACGAUGCCGUUGGGUAAUGGGUUGCCUGAGUAUGCAUACAUUCAAAGACCAUGUAUACAUGCUCUGAUCUUGUUAGGGGGGCUUAUUUUACCGGACACCACAGGGUGCAAGGUCCCCUUUAUGUGGUUAAAUGCCUUAGACGAUCCGGAAGAUGUGGCUAAUAUCAGUUGGGGUAGUGCUGCUUUAGCAUACCUGUAUCAUUAUUUGUGCGAGGCUUCUAUAGGCAGACAGAGAAGAGAUGUGGGUGGACCUAUGGUUCUCUUGCAGCUGUGGGCCUGGGAAAGAAUGCCUACAUUGAGGCCAACCUUCUUGAUAUCGCUUAUGCACACGCCGUAUACCCCGUGUGGAGCCAAGUGGCACGGAGUUACUGAAAUUGGAAAUGCUCCCCGACAUUCAGUAGCUCAUUAUCGUGAUCAGUUAUCACUGAUCCGUCCUGGCCAGUUUAUGUGGACACCCUAUGCAGACUGUAUCCUCCCUGAGUACUGCAUUGAUUCGACUGCAUCUUACUUGUGCGAUACUUAUUUGGUGUGCUGGUCAAUUGUCGAGGCACACGAGGCUGGACGCGUUUCCCGACAAUUUAACCGCUACCAGCGUAUUCCUCAGUACUGUGAUAGGAUGCUACAUAGCUCCGGCCAUUUGAGUAAAAGUCACCGCCGUGGGAGGAAGGGCGCUGAUUGGGCUAAGGUACAUAAGUUCUUCAUUGAUGAGUGGGACUUGCGCCACGACAUGUUCCAAGCAACUUUUGACCAUGCAACGGCGACAAUGGAUGGUCGCAUUAAUCCGGGCUAUAUGGCGUGGUACAAUAGGAUCACAGUGUCGUACCUAGUUCAACCUGGGACACAGUCAACUGAAGGGAUGAACGAGGCAGCCCCUUCUAAUUUAUUGGCGGUUGAGACCCUUCAGGGGAUAUGGCAUUUGACCUCUGAACAUGACACAUACCCUCGGUUACGGCAGAUUCGAGAAAUGGCUGCUUCGGCACUUCGUGCGAUGAACCAUGCUGAUGCGAUGGAGUAUCCAUCUUCUCAACGGCGAAAUGUGGUCAUGCCGCCACGCCCACCAACUUUUCUUCAUCAUGGACUGCCGGGUGUCCGGACGGGUGGGCACGGGAUUACGCGACAGCAUAGGUUGUCGCAGCAGCAGCAGCCGCAACCUGAGUAUGCGGUACCAGAGCCCUUGAGUCCGGAGUACGAUCCACCAGGAUGGUCUCAGCUGAGUGGUGCAAGCCACGAGCCCUCGCAAUGGGGAGCACGCGCAUCAUGUGAUUCAUUCUUUGGCGGUGUGUCUGAUUGGGAUGCAGCUCAACCAGGACGUGAUACGUACUUUCAGAAUUAUCAAUUUAUGGAUCCGGUGGGGAAGAAGAGGGUCCGGAAGAAGAGGGCGGGGAAGAAACAUAAAUAGGUUGUGAUCGUAAGUUGAUUUUUGGUCAUAUGUUGGUAUUUGUGUCUAUUGAAACAGGUUGUGAUCGUAAGUUGAUUUUUGAACAUUUUUUAUAUGAUGAAACAUAGAUAGUGUGGAAUGUUUUCUAUGGUGGAAUGAACAAUAUUAUGAUUUUGAUA